AUGCUUGUUGUUCUGCAUGGAGUGUCCGGAGGCUCGCACGAGUCCUUUAUCCGAGAGAUGAUCGCGACUCUUAUCGCCCAAAAUGGCAAGGGCGAGAGAAACUGGGAGGCUUGCGUGGUUAACUCGAGAGGUUGUGCUAGAUCCAAAAUCUCAAGUCAACUCAUGUACAAUGGCCGCGCGACAUGGGACCUGCGACAGACUGCCAAUUGGCUAGGGGAGAAGUUCCCCAACAGGCCACUCUUCGCAGCGGGAAUUUCGUUGGGCGCUAAUCUCUUAACAAAUUAUCUCGCCGAGGAGGGUUCUAAUUCUCCAUUUAAGGCUGCCAUUGUCUUUUCAAAUCCUUGGACCCUUGAAUUAUCCUCGAUGGCUAUGAGGCGCGGAUGCAUGGGCAGAGAAGUAUAUUCUCGUGCCGUUGUUACUGGAUAUAAGAAAUAUGUGAAAGAGCACCUUGCUGAAAUCUCUAAAUAUACCGACAUUGAUGUCGAGAGAGUAAAAAAUGCGGCUGAUAUACGCGAAUUUGACAAGCUGUUCCUUGCCCCAGCAUCUGGAUAUCCGACUCCAGGUGCAUACUAUCGUGACGGGUCUUGCUGUGAUGCCUUGCUGGCUGUAAAGACGCCAUUACUUGCAUUGAAUGCGUUGGAUGACCCUAUUGUCCCUCCUGAAUGCAUCCCAUUCGACGCAUUUGAGGUCAACCCAUUCGCUGUUCUCUGUACAACAACGAUGGGUGGCCAUAUAGGCUGGCAUGAGACUAGCGGCACCCAAUGGGUUACAAAACAGAUGUCUGCAUUUUUGAACGCUAUGGCAGAUAAUGCGAAUCGAUGCUGGUCACCUGCUACUGAGGAAACUUCUGUUUAA